AUGCCGGGCAACGCAGAAGCUUCCUCUUCGGGCACAGGCGGCAAGCCCGCCGCCUCUGGCUCUUUCAAGCACGUCGGCAACAAGAUGAAGCGCACCGAGCUCUAUCGCAAGUACAAGGCCGAGAAGCGCAAGGACAAGUUCGCACGCCGAUCCGCUCAGGCUAAGGAGGAGCGCGGCGAGGACGGUGCUGCCAAAAAAGCGGCCCGAUUGGCGGCGAACAAGACGCGGACGAUCGAGAACACGCGUGAUUUUAACCCGACCAUUAUCAAUGCGCCGAAUACGCACGAAGGGCCUGGACCGAGCAGCUUGGACAAGAAGGUGGGAGAGAAGAGCGAUGGUGAGGACUCGGAUGAGGACGAUGCGGAGGAGAUGAUGGAAGAGGAGGAGCAGGAGGCGGCGGAAGAGAUCGAUGAUGAUGAAGAUCCCAGUGCGCCACCGGCCAUCCUGAUCACGACGUCGAUGCCGUCCUCCUCGACAUCACCGCAUCUCGACUCGCUCAACGCACGCUCGCACCCUUCCGAGAAGACACGCGAAUUUGUCGACGAGUUGCUCUCCGUCUUUCCCGGUGCGGAAUACCGCCCGCGCUCGAAAGCACAGGGUGUAGGGCUGGGCAAGAUCUGCGGCUGGGCGCGCGAACGUCGGUUCGGCGCUGUCCUUGUCGUCGGCGAAUCCCGCAAAGAGCCUUUCGCGCUCACAGUCAUUCAGCUUCCUCACGGGCCCACAGCGUUCUUCCGCCUCACAUCCAUCAGCACGGGCGCCGAGAUCUACGGCAAAGCACGCCCCACACCACACACCCCAGAACUCAUCCUCAACAACUUUACCACCGUCCUCGGUCACCGUGUCGGCAAGGUACUGCAGAGUCUGUUUCCCAAGAUCCCCCAGCUGGAGGGAAGACAGGCGGUGACAUGUCAUAAUCAGCGAGACUACAUCUUUUUCAGGAGGCACAGGUAUAUGUUUAAGAGCGACACCAAGACGGCGCUGCAGGAGAUCGGGCCGAGGUUUACGCUCAAGUUGCAUAGUCUGAAGGAGGGGCUGCCGAAGGGCGCGGGCGUGUGGGAUGGAAAGUAUAGCGAGGAGUACGCCGAGUUGGAGCCCGAGGAGGUGGAGGUGCUGUCGAGGCAGGAGGAGGGCGAGGAAGGAGAGAAAGUGGUGGACGCAGAGGGGUCAACAUUGAGUGGAAAGACAGUGAGCGCAGAAGGGACGGGCUCGUCGUCGUCAAAGAAGAAGAGACAGCGCGGAGAGGAAGAGACGGUGGGCAUGGACUUCCAAUGGAAGCCGAAGAUGAGCGUCUCGAGGCGAAACUUUUACCUCUGA